GAUGGACGACAGUGUGCCCCCACCGACUUGAGCGGUCGAUUUGAGAAAUUAACAGGUACCCCUGUCUUUGUGUUCGAGAUGAAAGUUAACUUUGUACUGGGGAUGAGAUGACGCGAAAAGAACACAGAAAGUCCCGAAUCAUGGACUGGGCGAAGACACUUAAAAAACACCUGGAGAAAAAGAAGAGGAGACCGCCAGAGGAAGUGAAAGCAGAGGAGACAGAAAGAUGUAUUGAAUUGUACAAUAAAUGGAAAGGUCCUAAGAAUGGCAAUGAGGCAUCAUAUGCAGCAAUACCCAAGUUUUAUUAUAAGCUUCCGGCUGAAGAUGAGCUGCUCUUGCAAAAACUGCGGGAGGAAUCUAGAGCCGUGUUUUUACAAAGGCGGAGUCGUGAAUUAUUGGACAAUGAUGAGUUACAGAGUCUGUGGUUCCUGCUGGACAAACAUCACACCCCACCUGUUAUUGGGGAUGAACAGCUAAUAAAUUAUGAGGACUUCCUCAAAGUGGGUGCUCAGGCAGGGCCUAAGUGCAAGCCAUUUUUCACCGCAACAGUUUUCUCCAAACUACUGCAGACUGAUCUCUAUGGCCGAGUCUCUAUCAUGCAAUUCUUUAACUAUGUCAUGAGGAAGGUGUGGCUUCAUCAGACGAGGAUAGGCCUGUCACUUUAUGACAUGGCAGGCCAGGGCUACCUGAAGGAGUCGGAUUUAGAAAAUUACAUUUUAGAGUUAAUACCCACACUGCCACAGUUAAACGGGUUAGAGCGAUCCUUCUAUUCAUUCUAUGUGUGUACAGCAGUGAGGAAAUUCUUCUUCUUCCUCGAUCCAAUGAGGACUGGCAAGAUUAAAAUAAAAGAUAUUUUAGCAUGCAGCUUUCUGGAUGACUUGCUAGAGCUGCGAGAUGAAGACCUGUCCAAAGAGAUGCAGGAGUCAAACUGGUUCUCUGCUCCUUCAGCACUGAGGGUGUAUGGUCAGUACCUCAACCUGGACAAGGACCACAAUGGCAUGCUUAGUAAAGAGGAGCUUGCCAGGUAUGGCACAGGGACCUUGACUGAUGUUUUCCUGGACCGUGUCUUCCAGGAGUGUUUGACCUACGAUGGAGAGAUGGAUUACAAGACUUACCUGGAUUUUGUUCUGGCCCUUGAGAAUAGGAAGGAGUCCCAGGCUCUGCAGUACCUCUUCAGGAUUCUAGAUGUCCAGAACAGAGGUUAUCUCAAUGUCUUCUCCCUCAAUUACUUUUUUAGGGCUAUUCAGGAUCAGAUGAAGUUGCAUGGUCAGGAGCCUGUGUCAUUCCAGGAUGUGAAGGAUGAGAUAUUUGACAUGGUGAAGCCGGCUGACCCUCUACAUAUAACAUUACAGGAUCUGGUCUGCAGUGGUCAGGGUGACACAGUUGUCAGUAUACUGAUUGACCUUAAUGACUUCUGGACAUAUGAGAACAGAGAGUAUGCUGUGGCUGAGACGUCCGAGACAGAAGAGGUGGAGGUGUGAGCUGGGGCAGGUCAGCGCCUAGUUCAGUGAGUCAGCUCAUUGUCACCGAACAUUCAUCAUAUCAAGAGGAGUACUGUGCAAAGUGAACAGACUCUGUAACGCUGUCAUCCUAAAGUUACUGUCGAAAAUACAUGGACCUCACUGCAUUCAUUAAAAAGAGUGAGGUGUCUUCAUAAUUCAUUGUUUCAUACAUUUUGGCUCACUUACAAUUUAGAAACAAGGAGAAUUCUUCAACAAUAAAAUGUCUCAGUUUGUCAGGAUAUGCACUUAUUCUGUCAGUGUAACUAUUGUGAAACUACUGUUUUUAGCAGUAAGUCAUUGUUCUCACAGUCAUUUGAAAGCAGUUUUGUGUUGUGAUAGUGUUUUACCUGCUUCUUAUUCUCUACAUAUUAAGGUUUUUAGUCCUGCUCUUAAUGCUAUACGCUUGUUUAUAAUUGAGUUAAAUGGUAAGACUUGCCCGGGGCUCCAGCUGUCAUUUUGUUUUCGCUUUGUUGUGUUUUGCAUUUCUUCAAACAGUAUUAUUUAAAACAAAUGUUGCAAAGUACGUCAUACACAGGUUAUUUCUAUUCAGUGUACGGAUAAAUUUUCGAGUUUGGAAUGUGUGAAAAAUGUCAUUACUGCUAUGUGUAUAUCUUAAUGCAUUUAUUGCUAAGCGAUCAAGAACUUCACAGAAGCCUUGAGUAUCUGAGUAUGAAUACGCUAUUGGGUGAAUUACAUCUACUGUAGACAAUUUUGUCAUGUUGUGUAUCAGUUACAUACUUGUGCGAUUCCUGCAUUUAGUGGAAUUCUAAUACUUGUUCUUCAUUAAUGCUAUGCUUUUAUCACUUUCACUAUUUGAUAUUUAUGAAAUACUUCACAAUAAACUACGCAAUUAAGAUUAAUAUGCCUUUGUUUUUAAAAGUAUGGAUUGUUAGAGAUGUCUCAAGAUGUGUCAACGUGAUAAAUUGUGACACAAACUGCCAGGUAUGUGUUAAACAGUUGUGUACAGAUAUUGUGAUUUGUUUGACAUGAAGGUUCUGAUGAUGUUGAAUAUACAUACUUUGGCAGAUCAGACAACUGUUGAUGUCUGUGUUACUGUUUAACAAAGCUAUCAGAGGAUAU